ACAACCGCCGGAGCAACGACCGUGAAAACGUGAAACUCCCGACUAAACGCGUUCGCAUCGCAUAACAAUUAAUUCAUAGAAAAGGGUUCGAAAUCCAAGUGAAAUUCCGCACAAACGACAAAUUGCACCAAAGACGGUUUCAUAUAGCCAAAGUGUGAGCAAAGUAGGCGGUCGUGAAGGAGGAAGCACGUGCGUGCCUUGUCUUGUACCCCAGCUGCUAGCCGUUGUUGUGUAGGCUUUUUCCGGCAGGUAGAAACCAUAAAGUGAAAGUUUUCUUACCCAGUUCGAGUACGAAAAAGUGAAACAUCCCACAUCGUGGACAUUGUGCAUCGUGCGUGAAAUCGUCGGGUAUCGCCUCGGAUCGGCUCUUUUCUCCUCGCGUAAUCCGGCCUGCUAGUGUCCUGGCGUAACGCGUAGUACGCGCGAUUAUUGAUUUUCGGUGUGAAGCCAUAGUAGGCGAAAAAAAGCAAAAGAAAAAAGAACGGAAAUCGUUUGGCUGGCUACGUGACACCGACCACGGAGAGCACGACGACAACGCAGACGAGGACGACCACGAGGACGACGCCGAGGAGGACGUCGACGACGACGACGAAAGCAUCAAAGGGACGACGAAGAGGACGACGGAGACAAAACACCCUGCCGCGUGCUGUUGAUUAUAGUUCUGGUGGUGAUUCGUCCUCGCAAGGGAAGGAUAUCUCGUGAGUUUUUGCCGUCUGACCAACCCCCCCUCGUCUAAAAGUCCAACACGAUGGCGUUCAUGAUGCCGGUGAUGAAGAACGAGUUCGAUAUCUACAAGGGCAGGCAACGGCGGAUAUCCGAGUGCUCGAACCAAAGCAACUGCCGGUCGCGCAAGGUAUCGGAAAGUUCGCGCUCGGACGGUCCCAGCCUCUCGACCUCACCCGGCAACGAGGGAGGUGGUGGUGGUGGUGGCUUCCUGGCCGGUUCACCGGGUCACCGCAGCCACCCGAUGUACAUGUCACAUCUGGCCUCCCGGCCCCAGUUUUCCCGCAACUCGUCCCGCACCUCUCAAAGCUCACUGAUUGCCUCAAGCCCGUCAAAGGCCAGCACCGUCGGUUGCAGCCCCCCCAAGGGCCCGAACGGCGGUAAUGUGAUGCCCGGACCGGUCUCCUCCUCUGUUGGCAGCCAGAGCAGUCUCAACAAGUUCCACACCCGGUUGGUCGACAAGCUGCGGAAGUCGCUCCGCAAAAGCAAAUCCAACGACAGCCGCUCAUGAGAGGGGACCGGUCCACCGGAUUGUGUUGGUGGUGUUGAGGUGGGUGGUGGUAGUGGAGCUGCUACUGCUGCUGAUGAACAAGACGACGACGAAGAUCCUGAUGAUUUAGACGAUGUUGAUAAAGGAGAGCGAGGAAGAGGAGUGGUAGGAGAUGGAGGUGUUGCGCUGUGUGCAAAGCGGAUCAACAGUGCCGAUGAGAGUGGUAGCGACGGUCACCGCCGACGACGGACAGCCAGUGGAGACAGCGGAGAUCAACGAGGCGCAGGUUCAGUGGUGGUUGAAGAAGGGUUGAGUGUCUGGUCGGACAGUGUGCUACACAUCAUGCAUCACCGGAAACCACCGUUACCGCGUCGCCGUAGCAACACCCCGCCCACAGGCGGCGUUCCUUACGACGGAGCCGCGACGACGACGGCACCGAACAAGAUCCGCUCCAGGAGAGGUACAUUCAGUGCUCCACGGUAACUACUGGACGCUUACGUCAAGAUCAACCAACAGCAGCCACAACAGAAGCAGAUGCAUGAGUAGCAGAUGCAGUACACGGAGACACGGGUGCGCGCCGGAUAGUAAAAUUUACCCCGCAAUCACCAAUCUUACGGCAAGCCAUCAUCAUUAUCAUCAUCUAAUAUGCUUAUCAUCGGUAUCAUAGCAUACGAUAGUCUUGAAUAUUAUCGCUUAAUCGCAAUUGUAAUAGCUCUCUCUAUCGCUCUAUCUCGCCCGAAAUCGGUGGAAUGGAAAGCAGAGUUUUGGAUCUGGGUGCGAUAAGAUUUCUAGAUAACAACGAGAUCUAGCCUGUAAGGAUAGUCAAGUAUCAGAACAGAGAACAAAACAUCUAUCACCAUACACCAAUAUCAUCAUCAUCUCUCCCUCCCUCUCUCUACCUGUGCGUCAGCAGCUUUAGUCGGUAAACUAUACACAGUAAGGCUUUUCCUUUAGUCCAUAAGCCACAGCAACGCUCCCGCCGUACAGCACAUACAGUCACGGCGGGUGGCCUAUUUAUUUAAAUGUCCCGACUUCGACUCUUAUAGCAGCGGAGGAACUCGCUUUGACGACGGUUCAUCUCCCUACCUUAUCAGUGUGGGGCUGCUCUAUUGCGCAGCAUCAAGAGGUUCCAAAAAACGAAAAGGACGCAUGCAUUAGAAUUGAAUCAAGCGGUCUCGGGGGAAACACAACGAAAGGAGUCGGCAAACGUACAACGAAUGAUUGAGCCACGGGAAUCAACUUCAGGAAAUUGUGAUACAUCACUUCGAACAAAUAGUACGCAGAUCGUGUUUUUUUACGGUCGCCGGAAGAACCGAAACGUGGUUCUAGCGACACAGUUGCACAUUUCCCAAUGACCUACCACUUUUUCUCUCUUUCUCUCUCUCUCUCUCUGCGUUAAGCUGAUAAGGGCAGGGUGUUUUUUUUUUCAUUGGCUCAAUUUGACCUUUCCAGAUUUGAGGAAUUACGUUUGGAACUCGGAAGCGAAUUGAUAGAACGCUUUCGAAAAUGAGACAAAACGCAAUCGAAUACUAUUGAACGAGGGACGGAAUUUUACGAAGACAAAUACAAACACACACAUACACAUUUACUUAGCUGUGAUCGAAACGAAUGCAACAUGAGAUAUUUUGUGAAUGCUUUUACGUAAAAUACAAGUAAUACAUUAAUCGCACACUUCCCCUGGCAUCGCACACAGACACACAGAGCGUACCGGAAGUAGACAACAACACUCCAACGGACCUUUCGGUUAAUCAGGUGCAGGUUAAAGGUGGUCUAGUAGAGACUGGAAACACUAGAAAUCGGGAAGAGAACGAGCUAUGUCUUGCGUGUUAUGGUUUUACAUUAGCGCGCUUUAGUGUUCCACUCGGUCGUUAGCUCUGGCACGCGCACCGGUAUUCAGUGACCGGAUGUGAGAUUGUAAGGAUAAAUGAACCACACAUUUCGUCGUUCAAGCGGGAUCCGGAACGCCAACGAAGCAUACCAUGAUCGAUCAAACGUGCGGCAUUUUCGAUGAACUUCGGCCUAACGGAUCGAUAUAAAUUCUAAAUCAUCCUUAUGAACGUUGAAAGCCGGUAUCGUAGUAGGCAUUUGGCACAUAAUAUUGAAUCCGUUAUCCUUAUCCCCUCACAAACACAUACACACGGGCAUGCAAUCGUGGCAGGCGCGGAUCAAAAUUGGAAGGACUGUUGUCACCGUUACGCUUUAGUCCUGAGAACAAGCAUAUAUGACCAUAUAUAUUAUAUAUACAUGAUAUAUACAUAGAUAUCUAUAUACACAAUAUCAGACUAUUUCUGUGUAAUCAGAAACACGCGCCCCAUAUACACGUACAAAAGACGUGCGAUAAUAAAACCAUCAUCAAAGGGAUAUCAAAUGAAGCUAAAUGCAGCUAUAAUGCAACUAUUGACAUCGUCUGUCGCCCGCGGGUUCUUGUCUCUGGUUAGAGUUUGUGCGGACCGGUAGAGAGGAUAACGAUAUUUUUGGACAAUUUUUAUCUUCCCCGAAGUGUGUAGUCGUAGAACAUCCUUCCAAUGUAUUGUUUGAUAAACUCUUACGUCCAACGAUCCAUUCUGAAGUGUUUGCAUCGAUUAGCGAUGGUAGGCCCCCGAUGGUAAUGCCGGUUAUCGCUCAAUCAGCUGCAUGUGAACGCGGAAGGUGAGGGUUGUUAUUGAUUGCCGCAAUCCGUUGCGUGACCGGAGACUCGCUUCGAAGUGCAGAAUCGGAGGAAUUCUAUGUAGAUGGCAUGACACGAGCGGCUCUGGAUGCGAAAUGAAUUGAUGGUAUUUGCAUCAGAUGUAGUGUUUUUUGGUUCUCGGUUUUGAACCAUUUUCAGCGAUAUCUUUUUGGUAAAACCCGUAACACCACAUCGCAGCAUAAUCCAAAUUGGAAUUGGGAAGUUAGAAAUGAGGAAAAGGGUGACUUCCUUACGCUCACACAAAACCGUAAAAGACUGCUGCUGACUUAAACUCGAGGGUAGAACAAAGUAGAGCAAACUAUUAUCCGAUCUGCUAGGUUUAAUCGUUUGUUUUAAGUUCCUGUUGUUAGUCAAAUGUAUGAACAACCUCCUGUACGCUAGGUUUAGAAUGGUGAACAAACGGUUGCAAGCUAGCUGUACACCAGUAGGCUAGGUAAUGGGUACAGCCUGAGAUUAGACUGUCCCAGUCCCGGGGCACCAUUUAUCAUCCAUUACUAAUUGACCAACUAUUUUGAGAAAGAGCCGGUAUUCAGAUAGAUUCAGCAUGGAUUUGACAGUCAGUAGCCAGUUGCAAAAUCGAUUAAGUGGAUAGUUUUUUUUUUGCUUCUCCAUAUUUUCAUUUCAUUUUUGUUUAUAACACAAACGCAAAACAUUCCACCAUGCUAAGCCCAAAUUUAAAGACCACUUGCAUCUAGAAUAUAGCUCAAACAUCACACAACAAGUGCCAGUAGGAAUGGAACAGUAGUUUAGAAAGAAUUUAUAAGGCAUGAGAAAGACAAACCGACGAUUGAUCGUUGCUUGUGUGCCUGAAACUACUAGUACUACUACUAUUACUACUACUUACAGACACUGGUGUUCUGUGGUGGCUUUAUUUCAAUUAACUUCCCCACUACCUUAGCACCUAUAUCCCAAAUUGUAGUCUAAUCGUUACGAGAGAGGAACACUACGAAUUUCGUGAAUAAUAAAACCUUAUCUACCUAUUCUUAAGUCAACCUUUAGACGUUUCUUUGGGGCGAAAAAGAUAAAACUCUAGGCCCAGAGAGCCAAGCGUAGGCAGACGACACACACACUUAAUCCAAAUUAAGGCAAUUAUUGUAUGCUUAUUGAAAACCAAUAAAACUAAGGAACUGUUGUUCCAUCAUCAAGAUAUAAACCUACAGCUCGUAAAGAUAUUUCUUCUUGUUGUUAGUUCUCGCAAAAUUUGUUUCCGAAAACUCCGCUAUCCCAUCGCU